UUGAUUCGAUUCGACUUGGUUCAUCAAUGCAAUUUUUUUGAUGAUUUGAAUAGAGGCUUCGGAAUUUUUGAACUUUGGUGAGUGAGAGAAAAAUUGAAUUGAAAUUCUGAAAUUUCAAUUUGAAACUGAUAAAACUUGUAUUUUUCUUGAUUUUUUGUUCGAAAAUCUUGAAAAAUGGUUGAUUUCAUCAGUUCCAAAUUGGACUUUCAGCGGAGAUGCGGAAGCUAUGCCCAAUUUUCAAAUUUUUAAUGAAAAACUUUGAAUUUUGGAAACAAGUUUUCAACAAAAAAGUGGAAAAAAUUUAACGAAAUUUCAGUUUGUAUAUUUUACUCUCAAAAGUAUGUUGUUUUGGAAAGAAAUAAUUUGAGAAAAAUGUAGGGAGAAGAAAACUUUUGGAGAUUUUGGAUCCUUGAAAAAUGUUCCAAUUUUGAAACAAUAAAUUUGGAAUUUUAAAUUUACGGAAAAUUUAAGGUCGAUUAUCGAAAAAAUCAGAAAAAAAUAUAAAAACAAUGCGACCUUCAAAAUACCGAAAUUCAGCUUCAAUUUUUUUUUGAAAUGAAAAUUAAAAAAUCUUAUUCCCAUUUAAAUUCAAUCGUGAAUGAGUUUCAAAAAAGUGUUUUUCUAGUAAAUUGAUCAAUUUGGCAGUUCCUGGAACAAUCGAUGAGAGAGCUAUCAAUAAAAAGAAUUUGAAUACUUAUACAGAAUUGGAAUAUUUAACAUUGGCACUUUGUUCGGCGCAAGCGAUUGGAUGUAAUACUAUUAUCAAUAUUGAUAAUAUUGAUUUGAGCAAAGGAACUAUGCAUUUGGUUUUGAGAUUAUUGUGGCAGAUUAUUAGAGUGAGUGAAAAAACAAUGAAAAAAAAGAAAAUGUUUUUUUUUUCUAGGAAUUGAAAAAAUAAUCAAAUUUUAACGAAAAUCUGGAAAUUUCCAAUAUCCUCUUCAUUUUUUCAGAUUGGAUUGUUCAAUCAAAUUGAUCUUCAACAUUGUCCUGGACUUUUCCGACUUCUUCGCGAUGGCGAAAUUUUUGAUGAUCUUCGAAGAUUGUCUCCAGAAGAAAUUCGUAUGCGAUGGGUCAAUUAUCAUUUGGAAAGCGCUGGAACUUGAAGACGCCAUGAUGAUGGAUCAAAUUCAAAAUUGCAAUUAUUCUGUCGAAUUAGGAAAACAACUGCGAUUCUCAUUGAUCGGAAUUCAAGGAAAAGAUAUUUAUGAUGGAAAUCAAACAUUGACUUUGGUUUGGCAAUUAAUGAGAGCUUACACUUUAUCCGUUUUGGCACAAUGUACACAAAGUGGUGAUUCUCUUCCAGCUGAUAAAGAUGUUGUUGCGUGGGUCAAUCAGAAUUUAGCGAGUUCCGUUAAAAACACAUCAAUUCGAUCAUUCCAAGAUUCGGCAAUUUCUGAUGGUAAAGUUGUUUUGGAUUUGAAUCUUAAUUUUGCAUUGAAUUUCAUCAAUUUUUUUUCCAGAAAAUUGUGGCAAGUCUCAAAAAAUGCGCAAAAAGUUUUGGAUUGUGAAAUUCAAGUUAUGAUUUCUGGAAUUUCAUUUGGACAUUUUGUGGUGAGUUUUUUAUAUGAAAAAUUAAAAUUUGAUUGAAAAUUACUUGAAAUUCUGAACUUUCAAUUUGAAACUCAUAAAAUUUAGUUUCUCUUGAUUUUUUUUAUUUAAAAAAAAUCAUGAAGAACUGGAUUUUAUCAGUUUUAAAUUGGAAUUUCAGCGGAAAUGCGGAACCUAUGCCCAAUUUUUGAAUUUUUAGAGAAAAACUUGUUAUGAAAAAUCAAUGUUACUUCUUUCCAGAUUCCGGUCACCAACAUCGCUUCAUCGAACUUCUACAAAACAGUUCUGCAUUCAUCCCGUAAGUUUUUUCUACCUUUUUAAUAAAAUAUCGAUGGAAAGGAAAUAACUAAAUUUUGCCGGGCCUAAAAUUCAAAUCAGUUUUGCUAGGCCUAAACCUACCUGGAAAAGCCUAAAAAUUGUCGGAGAGUAAUUUUUGCUGUGCCUGAAAAUGAGCCUGAAAUUCCACGUGGCAAAAUUUAGCUGAAGAUGGGAUUUUUGAGAUGAAAAUGAGCCUAGAAAUGUUGUCAGUCCUGAAAAUUAGCAUUAGUUUGGUCUAGAUCAAUUUUUGCGAUGCCGAAAGUUGCGUAGAAUUUUGAUAAGCCUAAACAUACCCUGGAGAAGCCUAAAAACAAGCCUGUCUGAAUUUUUCCAGGCCUGAAAGUACCUUGAAAUUGCUAAAAAUUUUAGAGAAUUGAUGAAUUUUGAGCUCUGGAGCUUGGAAAUUCGAUAUUUUGCUUGAAAUUUCAAGAAAAAUGGUGAAUUUUGAGAUCUGGAGCUAAAAGGCAUAAAAAUUUGAUCAAACCUUGAGCAUUUUUGAAAUUUUUCCUAAAAAAAGUCAUUUCCAAGUAGUAAAAUCACAAUUUUUAAUCUAAAAAUUGGUUCGAGCAGAAAAAUUUGGAGAUUUUGAUGAAAAAUGGGUCUUUGGGGAGGUUUUUUGGUUUUUGAGCCAAAAUUUGGUCCUGAAACAAAGAUUUUGAGUCAUGUACCUUUAAGAUUUUUGUUUUUUUUUCAGAUUGCAUCGUUCACUCAAUCACAAACGAAAAUUCCGGAAAUUUUUGGGAAAUGUUCUGGUGAGUGAUAAAAUUCAAAAAAAAAUGGCAUGAAUUUCUGAAAUUUCAGUUUGAAACUGAUAAAACUUUUAUUUUUCUUGAUUUUCUUUGUGAAAAUCUGGAAAAAUGGUUGAUUUUAUCAGUUUGAAAUUGGACUUUCAGCGGAGAUGCGGAAGCUAUGCCCAAUUUUCGAAUGAAAACUUGAAAUAAAAACAAUUCAACUUUUUUUUAAACAUAAUAAUUUUGUUUUCUGGAAAAUUAUUUUUUUUCACAACGAGUUAUGUUUUUCAGUUUGCUUCAAAUGCUUCUCAUUCUUCACUUGCCACGUGUCAAACAAUCGGGCUGGAUUCUUUUCUUAUGGGGCUAUAGCCCUCCAGCUACUCAAAAGUAG